AUGCUGAUUUCAAGAAUUGUCAUUGGAAAUUUGAAAGAUGCUACCCAUCCUGAUACCCUCAAGGCUGCCUUAGCUGAAUUCAUUUCCAUGCUUAUUUAUGUUUUUGCCGCUGAAGGCUUUGCUGCAUCGUCUAGGUUGAUGAGCGGCGAUUUGCAAGCUCAGCUGAUUGCGGCGGCGAUAAACCAUGCAUUUGCGCUUGUCGCUGUAGUUUCAGUGGCAAAAAACAUAUCUGGAGGUCAUGUAAACCCUGCUGUCACGUUUGGUGCCUUUGUGGGAGGUCACAUUACCUUCUGCAGGACUAUUUUGUAUUGGAUUGCUCAAUUGCUUGGAUCUGUGGUUGCUUGCUUGCUCCUCAAGUAUUCUGUUGUUGGUGUGGAAGUAUCGCCAUUCACUCCAACACCACGAAAUGCAGUUGUUUUUGAGAUUUUGAUGACAUUUGGUCUUGUUUACACUGUUUAUGCAACUUCAAUUGACCCCAAGAGGAGUAACGAUGGAGUGAUCAUUGCCCGAAUUGCAAUUAGUUUCAUUGUUGGUGCCAACAUUUUGUCUGGUGGUGCUUUUUAUGGUACAGCAAUGAAUCCUGCUGCGGCCUUUGGUCAAGCAAUGGUUAGUUGGACAUGGAACAACCACUAG